AUGGUGGAGAAAGUCCAGUGCCCUCUGGUGUCCAGUCUUGUGCAUGGCAGGGAAGAAACUCCUGGGACCUCUGAACAAGACUCUCAUCUUUCCCUGGAAAAAGGGAAACUUGAGGGAGCAAGGGCUGGAGGAAGUAAUGGCAUGGGAGGGCGCCCAGCUGCUGCCAAUGCUGCCCGUGAAAGAAGCAGAGUUCAAACCUUACGCCAUGCUUUCCUAGAGCUACAGAGGACUUUACCUUCUGUACCUCCAGAUACAAAACUCUCCAAGCUGGAUGUUCUCAUACUGGCCACAACCUACAUUGCCCAUCUUACCCGCAGUCUCCAGGAAGAAGAUGAGAAGAGCCAGGAACACCAGUCCACCACGCAGAGGAACUCAUCCAAUCUUAGUCCAGAGCUUCUGGGGACUCUACAAAGUGGGGACGGAUACUUACAUCCAGUCAAGAAAUGGCCAAUGAGAUCCAGACUUUACAUAGGAGCCACAGGACAAUUUCUCCACAAGUCAUCUGGAUCUGAGAACCAGAACCUAGACCAGAAUGCCCAACGAUCAGAAAGCUAG